ACUCCCAGCCUUUCCAUCGAAGGUAACGGAAGGGCUCGAUAAAAGAGGGAGCUUCGCCCUGUUCCGUUCUUCAUCUUCCCCACCACGCCACACACCCCCACCCCCACCGCCGACGCACUGCCUCCUCCCCCCAGCUCCACUGCGCAGGGUCUCCGCCUCUCCGGCCGCAUAGCCGAGGUUUGCAGGGGCUGCGCGGAAGCCCCCGCCGCCGCGGACUCGCGCCAUGAUGCCUCAGCAGGGCACGCCGCCGUCGUUCCGCGGCCUCGUGCCGCUCGGCCGCCCCCGGGAUCUCGUCAUCAAGGUCAACUAUGGUGGCACUCUCAAGCGGUUCAGUGCUUCGGUGAAUGGUUCAAACUUAGAUCAUAAUCUUGCUGCCCUUCAGUCAAAGAUUGCAAAUGCUUUUAAGUUCAGCCCCGAGGAGCAAUUUAUUCUCACAUAUACUGAUGAGGAUGGAGAUGUUGUGAUGUUGGAUGAUGAUGAUGAUUUACGUGAUGCUGCUGUUAGUCAGGAGCUGAACCCUCUUAGGAUUGAUGUUCAGUUGAAAAGCAGCACUGCCGGGGCACCUCAGCCUAACCAGCAAGCCUUGAAUUCCAGGUCUAAGAUGUCGGCAGCUAUGGAAGAUCAACUAGCUCAGGUGAAAUCAGCUAUUGAUGAAGCCUUGAAGUUUGUACCAGAGCAAGUUCCUGCCGUCCUUGCUAAACUAUCACAUGAGCUGCGCUCUAAAGCUGCAUCAUCGGCACCACCAGUGCGUGACUUGCUGGAUCGAAUUGCUAAACUGAUGACACCCAAGAGCGGCAUGGAACCUACCAGUGGUCUCUCUGACAGUUCAUCUGGUUCCUCUAGUGGUAAUCCACAAACAUUUAGAGACAUGAAACAUAAUAAUGCAUGUGAAUCUGCAACAGUUCCAGCUUCACAUUCGCAACAUGCUAAAUCAUCUAGAGCACUUGGUCUUAAGAGUGUGCUAGUUGAGAAGACCAAUGCUCAAGUUCAACAAGCGCCAGGCUGUACUUCAAUUGGGGUUCCAUCGGUUCUAGUCGGUUCUGGUGGAAAACUCUUGUAUCAUAAGAAAAGAACUGAUGCCCUGAGUAAGGGGAAAUCACAUGCCCAAAGUAUGGGGAAAUCUGUCGUGUCUUCUUCGGUGCCACCUGUUCCUUCAUUUGCUCCUGGUGGAUCUACUCUUGGUUCUCCGAACGGUUAUACGCCCUUUGGGAAUAUCAAAAAGAUCAAUGGUGAUUCAAGCUCAGCCUUCCCUGCCCCCAGAGGCCCUCCACCCAGUUCAAUGCCGACCUUCGAAACUAUUCCGAGACUUCCCCCUUACUGUUCACUUCCAACCCAUGGUUUGCAGAAGGCAUUCCCUCCUCCACCUGCCUAUGACUACAAUCAGUUUAGCUUCAGUAGGCCUUCCGCAGUUAAUCCAUAUGGAAUUUAUCAAGAUCCCUACUCAUUUGGUUCAUACAGUGGGUAUGGUAUCCCACAGCAGUCGGUUCAUAAAUGGGUAGAAUGUGAUGGCUGCGGGGUGACACCUAUUGUUGGGCCUCGCUACAAGUCCACUGUCAAGUACAACUAUGAUCUAUGCAGUGCUUGUUUCUAUCGCAUGGGCAAUGAGGCUGAAUAUGCCAGAAUGGACAAGCCACUCUCAGUAAGUGAAAGAUUGAGAAACCUGAAUAAGGAUAAGAGGUUCCUCCAACUUGACUGCCGUUUCGUCAAGGAUCUCACUGUCCCUGAUGGAACACGAAUGGCGCCAUCAACUCCAUUUCGUAAGAUUUGGUGCAUGCUUAACAAUGGAAAUAUCGUAUGGCCUUAUGGAACCCACCUUGCCUGGGUUGGUGGAGAUCAAUUUGCUCGCCAAAGCUUAGUGAAAUUAGCGAUUCCAGAGGCUGGUUUCCCCUUGAAUGGAGAAAUCGAUGUUUGUGUUGACUUUGUUUCACCUGCGAAACCUGGUAGGUACAUAUCGUACUGGAGACUAACAUCGCCAGACCUACAGAAAUUUGGUCAGCAAGUUUGGGUUCUUAUUGAGGUGGAAGAGCCUGUUCAAGCCGGUGACAAUCAAACUGCUGCAAUAGACUUGAACUUGCCUGCAGACAGCAACCCUGCAACAUCGAGGCCAUCCAUUGUGCAACAGCCUGUCCAGACCAGUGGCAAUAAGGGAACUGCUGCAGUGAACUUCUUGAGCUUGCCUGCAGAAGGCAGCACCGCAACCUGGACCUCAGAUUCUGCAUCUGACUCUGACAAUGAUGGCAUACCUCUGCGUGAUGUGCUUGCCACGCUGAGACGGAAGGGACCCAAAGCGGUUGGAAGUGUUGUGCCCUCUGCACCAGCAACAGAUGAACCAGUUCAAGUACCCAUCGCUUAUCCCCAGGCAGCAGAUGAACCAGUUCAAGUACCCAUCGCUUAUACACAGGCAGCAGAUGAACCAGUUCAAGUACCCGUCGCUUAUCCCCACGCCUCAUCUGCUGAAGCUCUAGGGAUGCCUGCUGGUGUGGCCGCACCUGAAGCCGCACCACUGCCGGAGCCCAUCAGUGUGCCGGAACCUCUGCCAGCACCUACUCUUGUCAAUUCACAUGUCGCUCCUGUUAGCAUGCCUUUGCCUGAUCAAACCAUCAACAACAACAACAUGGAGGAGAAGCUUCUGAGGGAACUGGCGGACAUGGGCUUCAGGCAGGUUGACCUGAACAAGGAGGUGCUUCGGCAGAAUGAGUAUGAUCUGCAGAAGUCGGUGGAUGACCUGUGCGGCUUCCAUGAAUGGGACCCACUCCUUGCGGAGCUGAAGGAACUGGGUUUUGAUGAUUGACACAGAUGUAGAAGGAGUGCUCGAGCAAGAACCAUGAAGUUCCAUGAAGCGUGUGGCGAUGGAUCGAUCUUCCUUCCAGAGAUAAGGAGCGGUGAUGGCCUCCUGCGCUCAUCUGCUGGAGCGCUGCUGCCUAAUAGUAACCUAGAUAUAGAUGAAGUAGUACCUAGUAUAAUGUAAUGCGGGAAUAACCAGACGAACUGAAGUGAUGCUGCAUAAUGCAGUGCACUGCAGCCGCAGUAGUAGUAGUAGCAGCCAGUAAGCAGGACCAUAAUAGUCUGGCGCUCCGGUGAAAUAUGGUGUGUGGUCGCUCGUGCACCGUGGUUUGCCUUUCGUGUAAGCAGGGUACCUUAUCAGGCGAACUGCUAGUAUGGUUUAUGAGUAUGCUAUGUUUAUAUC